UGAAAAUGUCGUGUGACUGCUUCCGGUCACCGCGAUGUAAUUUCUUCAUGUUGGCUCCGUACAAUGUUGAUGUUCUGCCGUUCACGUAUAUAAAAACAUGACUUAUUAACUCAAAAUAUCUUCAAUUGAUGAAUAUUAAUGCCAGCCUCUUUAUUUAAACAAGCCUAAAUUAAUAUCGAACCAGAUGUAAUAAGAAAACACCUUAAAAUGUACACAUAAAAUAUAAAACCUCGCAGUUUUCGCUACUGUUAGCGCCAUCUAUGAUUUCCGAUAGUAAACAUAUAUGCCUAUAGUGAAGAUGUAUGCUUUGCAUUCUUUAUAUUAUUUAUUCUCAACAAAGCCUUGGUUCUUUAACUGCUGAAUCCCAGCAUUAACCACCAUUGUGGCCGCCUCUCCCCUAGCCGCCUACGAUAUAUAAAUGAGACCUUAAAGAGGGGAAAGGCGGCAACUUAUAUAUAUGUUAUAUUAGGGGGGAUCUAAUUGGGAAAUAGAAUGCAUCGCAUACAUACCUUCAUAUCCCAUAAGGGACUCUUCAUCCUCACUCUCUCUGCACCUCAACUCCUGGGCCAGAGGAGCCUUAAUCUGCUUCGCUUAUCUUAAGGCGGCUGAAUGUAUGACACCCGAGAUCUGUGGGUAAAAUUGCUCUAUGAACAUGGUAUUCUCCAAACCAUUAACCUCCACACAUAAAUCUAUAUAUCUUACUAGUGAGCCCCAUCUUACCCGGCCGGAUGUAGGUUACACAAAGCCAACUACCUAAGUAGCUGUAUAGUCAAGGGGGCGUACCGCAGCCGAAGCUGCCCCUUGCGUGCUGAUAAAGGAGUAACUAGCGGCCGAAGCCACCUUACUCCUACACGGGGAUAAAGGAGAACCUAGCAGCCGAAGCCACAGAACUCCUAACGCCUUUCUCUGGUUUCAAGGGGGCGUACCACAGCCGAAGCUGCCCCUUGCGUGCUGAUAAAGGAGUAACUAGCGGCCGGAGCCACCUUACUCCUACACGGGGAUAAAGGAGAACCUAGCAGCCGAAGCCACAGAACUCCUAACGCCUUUCUCUAUAGUAGCCGCCCCCCUUACGGGGAGCAUCUAGCAGCUAAACCUGCCAUUCUCUUACACAUUGAUAUAGGAGGAUCUGCGGCCGAAGCCGCAGACUCCUACACAAUCAUAAGUCCCUAGUCCGCCUUACCUAAGAUGGGCUCCCAAUAGCUUCCACGUCAAGGUCACGUGGCAAGCUCGAACCAGAAAGGAAUAAAGGAGAUAAUCGCACAGAGAAACCAUACCACUACUGCGAGCUUUCACCAAGUAAAUAAAAUACUUAGCUUUAGAUGAUUCCGGACAGCUGUAGGCUUCCUCACUUUAUAUCACAUUUUAUAGAACUAGCGCGUUUCGCGCCAUACUGAAUCUAGCUUCACCAACUUACUACGUUGGUUAACUUACCACAGUUCCACAUAGAGGGCGCUGUUCGGUGUUGCCGCAGGUGAAUUAGUAUUGUGGCAUCGGAUUUUCGCGUCCGUCGCGACACGGUAUGUUCGCUCCGCGAAGUCGCGCCGCGAUUCACUCGCAUAGUCUGGAGGGGGCUUAAAGGACUUUUAAAUCUUCUAAGUAUAUAUCAAAAUUAUUUUACAAUACUUCUAUAACUUGACGCGGCGAAUGAUGAUCCCUAUGACAGUUUCUCGAAUUCACUUUUGGAUCGACAUAAUUUAAAAAAUAAUUGUAGAAAUAGGUUUUUACCGUAUUUUUAUUGCCUAAUGGUUAUAUUUCUAAAUAAAAAAAGUGUUUAAGCAACAAAAAAAGUCCAAAAACAUUUAAUAUUGACAGUUACUCCAUACAAAAAUGUACUGUCAUAGGGAUCAUCAUUAGCCGCGUCAGGAUAAAUUGUUUAAAGUUACGGGAUUUAUUAUACCGGACAACACCAAAACCUAUAGACACUUCAAUUUUUUUUUUCACUUGUGGCUACAAUCAUUAAGUCCGUGGCUACAAUACAAUAAUUGCUCAUAAAUCGAUCACAAACCGUUAAAGAUAAUAAUCGAAUCCACUGUUCAUAAUCUCUCCAAAGGCCAACACUAGCAACGAUUGACGUGAUUCUGAUUGACAUUUGUAACAAUACAAAAUGUCAUGUUAGUGCAAUGAUAAUAAAUUGUGCGAUGAAUUUAUGUAAAUUAUUCGAAAAUGGGUUUACUUCGAGCAAAACAAAUAGGAUUAACAAUAAAUCUGUGUGAAGUGUGCUAAAUUUCAAUGUGAUCAAUGACAUAUUCUGUGGAAUAUCGACGGUUUGAGUUGUGUCGGAGAAGAGAUUUUAUUUGGACAAAUAUUUCAUGACCAUCAAAACUGCCCCGAUGCCUCUAAGCAUCAGCAUCCCUAAGACAACAUGUAUGACAUGUUGUCUGAGUUCCAAGUAUCAGAAUUCGAUUCAAUCGGGGAUAUAUUUCGACUGAAGUCCGGUGAUCCAUUAGAUACGUUUGGUGAGAUGUGGUACCCAGUGUUUUUGUGGUCAUUGUGUUCGUCAGUGUUUGUUCACACUUGUGCAGCGCUCGUGGCGUUCGGUACCCUAAGAAAGCACAAGUAUGGCAAGUUCUUUCCCGUCCUUUUAAUAGUGAUGGGUGUUGUGAGCCCAGUGACAUCAGGCGUGGCAAGCAGUGCUGCUGUCGCCUUCAUAUAUCGCGCAGCAAAUCUGACUAUGCCGCCCAUCCAUGCCAUGAUAUGGGGCAUUGGGCAAACACUGUUAGGGGCCGGCAUUGGUUUCACGAGGAUUUUGGCAACUUUGUAAUAAGUGGUGUAUUGUUUGUAGUUAAUUGUGAUGCAUCAACUCUCUAUAUAAUUUGGAUGUAAUUGAAAGUCAAUUAUCUUAGCAUUAUUGUAAUGGAAAUGGUAUAGGACAGUGCAGAUAUUGUAGUAUAGAUAAAUUAUCACUGGUCCUGGUAGUGGUAAAUACUCACUAAUCAUAGUAGUGAGACUGCUGUAAAUAAUAUUUAUCUCUGUAUACUUUUUAUAUGUAUGCAAAGAAUAGUCAUUUAUAUUGUAUAAUUUGGCAAUGAAAUUUUAAAGUUUACUUAUUUUAAACCUGUCCUUGGCUUUAACUAUUGUGAAUAUAAUCACUUAUUUUGUAUAAGUACAUAUGAACUCCAAUGGAUUUAUUAUUCUGUUUGUGUUCAAAUUUUCCACAUGGCUCUGCAUGUGUUUUAAAACAAUAUAGUGACAAUUUGCAAUUACUAUCAAUGCUAUAAAUAUGUGAUUUCCCAAGAGUUUUGGAAUUGUGUUCCGUUUGUUUUACUGCUGAUAUUGUAUAUAAACAUGUUUCUAGUUCCAUUCCUCUUUUAUGUUGGAAAUAUCCUAAACAUUCUUUGUUCUUAUAUCCCAAAUUCUAAAAUGAUAGUUCAACUGCCCAAUUUGCAACAGUUACACUGUAGACUGAGCUCAAUCUGGGUAGUACCAUUCAAACCACAAUAUAGAUCAGCACCACUCCCAACUCAGUGGUGGUGACAAUCCUCUACUAAUUGGAUGGAAUCAAUUGCAGUGAAUUUGGGUAUCAAUCUGUCUGUGUAUGAAGUACCUGUAGGUACAUAUAACUUACCUGGUAAAGUAAUUGUUCCUUAAAAAAAUUGUCCUGUGAUUACAAUUGAUUGCUCAUUGUCGUCUCUAUGCUCGACCCACCGAUAGUCACUAAUCAUGCUUGCUUGUGACUGAUUAUUAUUUUAAUAAUGUUGAAUAAUUGCAAUAUUCUUUUAGUAUAAAUUAUUGUGAUAAUGAUAAAUAAACAAUGUACGAAAUUAUGUUAAGAUAACAGAUGAUAACUUGUAUUCCUUUCUACUGUAAUAAUUGAUAUCUUUUUGGAUGCACAAACACUUACCUAAACCAAUAAAUGUACUGGUACUUACCUAUGUUAACAAAAACUUAAAAGUAAAAAUAUGAACAUACUCUACUAAGUAAUAUAAGAUAAGAUAGUAUGUAAUGCUAAAGUUAGGUACUAGACAAAAUGAGUAAUUUGCAAACAGAAUAUAUAUUUGUAAAUAUAUAGGGAGUGCAAUAUUUUUUUUUUACCUAUUUGUUUAAUAAUGGAUUUUAAUAGCAUUUUACACCUUAAUUUGCAACUUCAAUAGACAUUUAACUAUAUAUACUGACAUAUCUUCUCUCUUAAAUUUUUGUGACGAAUCUAGUAGCUGUUGAAAACUAUUUGUGAUU